GACAUCCUAUACAGCCUGUGUUCCUGUUAUAAAGCUCCCACAACAUUUCAGGAAACAUUUGACCUGCUGACUAUAAUGUGUUCCAGAAAGAGCUCUAAUCACUGGACUUUAUCAGAGGUACUUGGGCAGCGGAGGCUGUUAGGACUCGGAGCCCUGCUGGCAUGGCUUGUCCUCUUCCAUCUCCUGGUCAACGUUUGGCUCCUGUGCAUCUUCACCAGUCUCUUGGUGGUUCUCGGGGGUUGGCUCGGGUCCCGUGCUGUACUGGAUGCAAACAGCCUCCUCCACUUGGAACACUUUUUGCCUCUUGGCAAAGUUAAUCCACCUCUGUAUUCUCCUGAGCAUGAGUGGAGGUUGAACCAUGAGAUCCACAGUGCUGUCCACAAAGCGGUGCGCGACUUUGUGUCGUCGUGGUAUCGUACUCUGCUGCCAGAGGUGGAGGGGGAGUUUGAACGUGCGGUGCGUAAUUCAAUGCUGGAGUCGGUGAUGGAGCUGAAGGAACGUGCGCGGCUGGUGGACCGAAAAGCCCUGGUUCAACGGCUGCUAGAGCUGUAUGGCCGUCACCUGCAAAACUACAUGAUGGCAAGACAGAUACAGUCAACACAAAAGGAGAGCAUUAACCUCUGGCAGCUCUACAGUGAAGUAGAUUCCCCUCAUCCAGCUGUGAGCAGUGCAGCAGCUGAGCUCAGCUACUCAAGAGCUCUAGUCAACCUCGUGUUGCAUGUACUCGUUCCAUACCCUCAGAUGGAAACCAGGACUGGAGGCUACAUGGUUACAGAACUUGUCACCUGCAAUGUGCUGUUGCCACUUGUAAGCAGGGUAUCUGAUCCUGACUGGCUCAACCAGACCAUUGUAGACAUAAUCACCAGGUCUAGAGAACCACAGGAAAUCAAUAUGGAUGAGCUCCCGGUAGCAGAUCUAUACAGAUGUCAGAUCCAGCAGGAGUCCUGGAGCACAUGCAGAUCACUGUCUUCUUCCGAUCGAGCUGGCCUCAGCAGCAAGAGCACCUCUGACCUUGAUGAUCUACAGAGCCAGAGCACUCUCUCUGAGAGGCAUUCCUCACAAAACAGCAUGGUCAGCGGGACGUCUCCUGGGAAAGCAGAAAGUUGCCACCCAGGUUUGCUCACACCAUGCAAAGUGAACUGCUGUUCACUCACAUCUGGCCAUUACUCCCACUCAUCAGAGUCCAAAAUGAUUUCACUGGACUCCCUAAUUCAGUCAGACUCCGAAGAUGACCUGACGGGAGCCUUUUGUGAUUGUGGUCCUCCAAUGAACUUCUGCAAUGCCAUCACUUUAAAAGAUAAUGAUGCUUUCGGCUGCUUCGGUCCUGUGAAAAAUCUCGGGCCAAAGGUGGUGGUGCCCGAACACUCCCAGUGGCCAGCCGGUAUUGCUGAAGAGAAAUCUCCAGCUUGUCCUCCAAGAAGACUUUGUCUAGCGUCCUGCAACUUUGAUACCUCCAGCAACCACGCUGCAUCUGUGAACAUCCAGAAUGUGCAAAUAUCUGGUACCAUCACUGCGAAGGAGCAGCGUGGCUCAGGCACACAUCCCUACACUCUCUACACUGUGAAGUUUGAGACAGUGGCUGAAGCAGAAAACGGUGGCACUCUGCAACCUGUGUCAUGUCGCACUGUCAACCGGAGAUACAGUGAGUUUCUCAACUUGCAAGCACGUUUAGAGGACAAGCCUGAAGUCAAGAAAGUAAUCAAGAAUGUCAAAGGCCCAAAGAAAAUGUUCCCUGACCUCCCAUUUGGUAAUGCAGACAUCGACAAGGUUGAAGUCCGUAAAAGCCAACUGGAUACAUUCCUUAAACAAUUAAGCAGCAUUCCUGAGACAUCCAACAGUGAAGACAUGCAGGAGUUCCUGGCUCUCAACUCAGAUGUUAGCCCAUAUUUUGAAAGAAAGUCUUUUGCCAAGUCAAGAAUUGAUAAGAUGAUGGAAAACGCUUUAGACACUUUGAAGACAGCUUUUCCUCAUCCUGAGCCCCUCAGUCCGAUGGAGGACCUUGAGGGAGAUGCUGAUGGAAGAACAAUGGACAACAGAAAGUACAGGAGGCUAAUGUUCCCAAGCAAAAUAUCCCCAUCUCUCAAUAUACCCGACCUACAUCCUAAAGUGACGUACUGCUUUAGUGAAGGCAGCGCUGUCCUGAAUGGCAUGUCACUGUCUGGCCUCGAGAGUUUCGUCAAAGAGCAGGAAAGACUUCUGUGUGGACCAAAUGGGAAAGAAACAGCCAAGCGGAGCUGUGAGCUGCUCGGCAAAGACAAGAGGACGUCAGGGAAAACUCAUGGGACAGACACAGCUGUGGCAGAUGUUGCUUUGAACAUUUUGUGUCUGCUGAUGAAGGACCAGUGGAGUUGGCUGUGCACAGAGAACAUACAGAAGACCAUCAGACUGCUCUUUGGUACCUUCAUUGAGAGAUGGUUGGAUGUAGGAGUUGCCCACCUUACCAGUGCCCCCUGCUGGGUGAUUUACCUACAAGUGCUGCAGGAAGCUGUAUGGCCAGGUGGCACGCUGCCUGCUCAACCUCGGCCAGAGCGAAGUGCUGCAGAAAGAGAGGAAACGAAGGAGCAAUGCCUGGACUGUCUAAUGCAGCUGCUCCCAGAGCUCAUCACUGACAUGCUGGGAAGUGAGAAGUACAGACUGAGCUUGGAGACCAUGCUGGAGUCUUUGCAAGACCAUCAAAUAAACAAACAUCUGAUCUACUGCAUCUGUGACCUGCUGCUGGAGUUUCUGAUCCCUGAGUCAUGUGACGAGGCCUUCCAGAGGUCCCUGCUGCAGAGUCUGGCCAAAGACACAGAGGGACAAUCCUCACAUAUGACCAGCACAUGAUAGCACCUGCUGCCUCACAGCUGCACGCAACUGGUGGAUAAGGUGCAGAAUAUGUGUGCAUUGAGAUGUAUUCAUGAUGGCCUGUUGUCACUGGAGUCCAUGGGGCGAUGGCACACGAUCGCAGCAGUCAUGUGGUCUGUAACUAUUGCUUGUUUAUUGUUUUAUUGAUCCAUUCAUUGAGGUGUAUUUCCAUUAUACCAGCGUAUAUGUUUGUGAUUUCUAUCUGAAUAUGACUUUUUUUUUUUACU